AGGUGGGCGGGUAUAUACGGGUGGGCCAGAUGCCCGUCUGAGCCGAAGACCUCAGCGCUCGGCCGUGGGUGAGGCUCGAAAGCACCGGCGGCCGGAGAAGGCGGAGGAGGCGGGGCCCGCAGGGCCGGCGGCGGCGGCGCGCGCGGGGCCUUGUGGGUAACGCGCGGCGGGACGGAAGCCGCGUGGGGUCCGCGCGGGAGCGACGCGGGAAGUCCGGAGCCGCGCGCGGCCCGGGCGGGAGGCCUGCGCGGGGGGCGAUGGCGGAGCGGCCCGAGGACUUGAACCUCCCCAACGCCGUCAUCACCAGGAUCAUCAAGGAGGCGCUCCCGGACGGCGUGAACAUCUCCAAGGAGGCCCGCAGCGCCAUCUCCCGCGCCGCCAGCGUCUUCGUGCUGUACGCCACGUCCUGCGCCAACAACUUCGCCAUGAAGGGGAAGCGCAAGACGCUGAACGCCAGCGACGUGCUCUCGGCCAUGGAGGAGAUGGAGUUUCAGCGGUUCAUCGCCCCCCUGAAAGAAGCCCUGGAAGCCUACAGGAGAGAGCAGAAGGGCAAGAAGGAAGCCUCUGAGCAAAAGAAGAAAGACAAGGACAAGAAAACGGAUUCCGAAGAGCAGGACAAGAGCCGGGAGGAAGACAACGAGGAGGACGAGGAGCGGCUAGAAGAAGAGGAGCAGAAUGAGGAGGAAGAAGUGGACAACUGACCGGGUUGCCGCCCCCCCCACCCUCCCCCUAGUUUGGGGACACCUGGGGAGGUUCUUGAGCAGAGCACCCAUGGGUGCGAGGUUGGACAGAGUGAACAGUGCAUCCCAGAAUCAGAGUGUCUGAGGUGCAGAAUCCCGUUCCGCCUUGGUCCGGAGUUAAGGACUUUUCGGCAGCCGGGAUCCUGAAUGGCUCAUUUGAGCAGCCAAUUUGAGUCUUCCUGGUUUACUUGUAUAUAGAACUAGGCAGUUUCUUGACUCCCAAGGACUCCCCCCCCCUCACACACACACACCCACCCCUUCUCCACACAUACACAGAUUACUUUCAAAAAAAAUUAGUUAAAAAAAAUAGUAAUUUCUAUGCCACCCACAGGGUACUAGAGGUAGACCUGCCUCAGGGGAAGAUGGGGAUUGGCUCUGGUCCGCCUGUUGUUCUGUCCAAUAUUUGGCAAUACUGGCCGAUCGCAAGUGUUCUGGAUGGUCCGCUUCAGGCAGCGAUGAAAAAGCUAUUGAAGAAGGGAAGCUGCCGGGUUGGUUCUUCACUUGACAGCAGCAGCCCGGAGCCUCGCUUUGUUGCCUGUGGGUAUUGGGGCUGCCAGAGCAGCUGGGCUCAGCACCCGUGCUUUUAGCCCAGCAUUGUGAAAUGGAGUUGCCAAGCAAGCCAGAGUGCCAGUGGUUCCCUUACAGAGCAUACUUCACUGCUCUGAAAAACAGUGGUGUUAGUAAUAACCUGCAAGGUAUAAAGUUGUAGGGUUUUUCUUGUAUUCCCUCUCGGACUGAUGGCUUUUUACUCUUCAGGUAUAUCCCAAACUUUAUUUCCUCGGAGCACAGCUCUCCCUCUCUCAACUUGUCUUUUGCCUCUCCUUUUUGUCUUCCCUCUGUGUCAUCCUCCUCCUCUCCCUCUCCCCCUGACUUUCCUGCUCCUCAUUCUUCCCUUCUCUUCUGCCCAUCGAGGAACUUUGAUAACCCAAAGUGUAACUGAUUCCUUAGUUCUGAUCUCACGUCUUAGAAAUGCUUUGGGGAGCCAGGGGGGGAUGCUGCAGAGUGCUGGGGCUUGUGCUCUGCUUGCAGUUCUUUGAUGCCGGCACCCCAUGGUCCCCUAGGCACUGCUGGGUGUGGCCCCGGCUUUGAACCUUAAAGAAAAUCUGAUGGUGCUCAGGAAUCCAAUGUCCAUAGUUCUCCACCAUCUCCUAUAUCCUAUCCCUCUUGCUGCUUCAGAAGUACCUCUAUUGACCUUUCUCGGUCUUUCUUUUUCCAUUUUGGUGCUCCAAGCACUUCUGUUUGUUUCUAAGUUGGGGGUUAGAGUAAUUCAUAGGACAUGAAAUAAUAGGUUGACACUGUUAAUUUGUUCAAUGAAUUCGGUAAAAAGUUGAUAAAUGAAAAAUGUUGUGAAAAAAUCGAAUACUUUGUAUAAAUAAAGAGCGUUCUUGAUAAAA